UCAAUCAACAACGUAGUCUCGUCCAGCAGCGCACACACCUUCUAAGCUUCUUCUCCUAUUUCCGCUUCUCCACCUUCAUCCAUCCAUUUCACUUCAACAGUUCAACCACACUACACCAUUCUCUCCUCUCUCGUUGCUAAAUGCCUCACUAACCCCCACAGAACCAACCAUGCCAGGUCAUAAUCUCCACCUUUCUUUGUUCUUCUUCCUCAUUUCCCUUCCCCUCACACUCCCCCUAAACUCCGACGGGCUCUCAUUGCUAGCCUUCAAAGCCGCAAUCUCAGUGGACCCCACAGGAGCCCUAGCCACCUGGACCGACACCUCCCUCACCCCCUGCACCUGGGCCGGAGUAACCUGCAAGCACAACCACGUAACCCAACUAACCCUCCCUUCAAAAGCCCUAACGGGCUACCUCCCUUCAGAACUGGGCUUUUUAGCCCACCUAAAACGCCUCUCCCUCCCCCACAACAACCUCUCCCACGUAAUCCCCACCACCCUCUUCAAUGCCACCACCCUCCUCGUCCUCGAUCUCUCCCACAACGCCCUCACGGGCCCACUCCCCGCAUCACUCUCCUCUCUCAAACGCCUCGUCCGCUUGGACCUCUCUUCGAACCUCCUCUCCGGUCACCUUCCGGUCACUCUCUCCAACCUCCCUUCCCUGGCGGGCACGCUCAACUUAUCACACAACCGCUUCACCGGCAACAUUCCGUCCUCCCUCGGGUCCCUCCCGGUCACCAUCAGCCUCGACCUCCGGUACAAUAAUUUAACCGGCGAAAUCCCCCAGGUCGGGUCGUUACUUAAUCAGGGCCCCACUGCUUUCUCCAACAACCCCUACCUCUGCGGGUUCCCCUUGCAAAACGCGUGCCCGGAGAAUCCGAAAGUUCCCACCACGAAACAAAGACAAAACCCGAACCGGGAUCUACAAACUGGGGAACAGAACCCGAGAGGUGGCGGGCUUUUUGUGUGUGUGGUUGCGAUGGUGGUGAUAUCUGGAAUUUUGUUAUGUUUUGCGGUGGUUUUUAUGAUUCUGCGGCGAGGGAGGUGUGGCGACGAGGGGCAAUUUGGGAAAGUGGAGGGUGGAAAUGUGGGGUGUGUGGAUGAUGUGAAGGGGAGGUUUGUGGUGGUGGAGGAAGAGGGAGGGGUGUUGGGAGGGAUGGAGUUGGAGGAUCUGUUGAGGGGUUCGGCGUACGUGGUGGGGAAGAGUAGGAGUGGGAUUGUGUACAAGGUUGUCGGGGUUGGGAAAGGUGCGGCGGCGGCCAGGGUGGUGGCGGUGAGGAGGCUCGGCGAGGGCGGUGCCGCAUGGCGGUUGAAGGAGUUUGAGGCGGAGGUGGAGGGUGUGGCGAGGGUGAGGCACCCCAAUGUGGUGGCUCUGAGAGCUUAUUACUAUGCCAGGGAGGAGAAGCUGCUCGUCACGGAUUUCGUCCGCAACGGGAACUUGCACACCGCAUUGCAUGGUGGACCUUCCAAUUCAUUUUCACCAUUACCAUGGGCAGCAAGGUUAAAAAUUGCUCAAGGAGCAGCAAGAGGCUUAACAUACAUACACGAGUUCAGUGGUAGAAAAUAUGUCCAUGGCAACCUUAAAUCAACAAAAAUCCUUCUGGACGAGGAUCAUAGUCCUUACAUAUCCGGUUUCGGACUUACCCGUCUUGGCAUAGGUAGCUCAAACUCAAAGUCUCUAUCAUCAGAACCAAAACGUUCAAACCACUCUAUAGCAACAUCAGCAAUUGUUUCAAUUGGUUCAAAUGUUUCAACUUCCUCUAACAUCUACUUGGCACCCGAGGCGCGCAUAGCUGGUGGAAAGUUCACUCAGAAAUGUGAUGUGUAUUCUUUUGGUAUAGUGCUAUUAGAACUUUUGACAGGUAGACUUCCAGAUUUAGGAGCUGAAAAUGAUGGCAUGGGGCUAGAGAGUUUUGUGAGAAAAGCAUUCAGGGAGGAACAGCCCUUGUCGGAGAUUAUAGACCCUGCACUUCUGCCUGAGGUUUAUGCUAAGAAGCAAGUUAUUGCAGUGUUUCAUGUUGCACUGAACUGCACAGAACUUGAUCCAGAAUUGCGACCAAGAAUGAGAACCGUGUCAGAGACCCUAGAUCGAAUCAAAUUACAGUGAAAAAUGACAUAGAUCCUUGUAAAUUUUUGGUUCAUGUGGGUAGCAUUUUUCUUUUUCUUUUUCUUUUUCUUUUUCUUUUUCUUUUUCUUUCUCUUAAUUUGGUGGUUUGAGUGGUGUUGGUUUUGUAAGAUUAUUUAAUGUAUGGAAACUAGAUGCAGCUUGUAUGAUGUAUUGACAUAAGCUAAUGCAAUGCAUUUUCUUCCUCAAUGGAAA